AUGGGCAAGACGUAUAACCUGUUUGUGAAGCAGAAAGGGACCACCACGGCUCUCAAGCAGCCGAAAGAGAUAUCGUGCUACUCCAGGACUUCAAACGAUGAGUUUCUUAUUGGCAACGACUGCAAUUUGAGAUAUUACUACCUGCCAGACUCGCAGCUGGAAAACAGACUGGAUCUGUCGGCUGGAGCCAAGAAGAUGAAGGACAGUGCCGAGACGUUCAGCGAUCCUUGCACUCUUCGAGGGCUGCUACAAUGCGUCAAAAGCUAUGAGGAAAAGAAGCAGAAGAAGGUUAAGGCGGACAUCGUCACGUUCAGAGGCAUCAUCAGAAAGCUUAUCUCGGCGGCGUUCGAUAGCGCCGCCUACAACAAGGUGGAGCUGCGAGUCGUUUCGUUUGACGGCCAACUCUUUAUCAAAGAUGUUGCUUCCAGAGACGAGGAGCGCAAGGGCACUGCCGAGAGCCAAAAUGCUUGGUAUACGGGAUAUAAGUUUGAGAGUUUGGCGACCCUCUCGCAGCCGCUUCCGUACGUGGACAGGGCGAUAUUGGAGAAGAGACCCAAGAGGUUGGUAAACACAGGAGAUGAAUUCAUCACGGUGGUCAGAACGGGAGUCGGGAAUACAAAGCUAAUACUGGGAGCAGAGAUCGACUGCAUUUUUGAUUUCAAGGAAGACGGGAAGGACAACCUGAAACAUUACGCUGAGCUGAAAUGCACUUCGAUGGUAUCAACACAGGCUGAUGCUCGUAAGUUCGAGCGGAAGAUCUUCAAGACUUGGCUGCAAUGCUUCCUCGUCGGGAUUCCAAGAAUCAUAUACGGGUUCCGGGACGAUAACUGUAUCUUGAGGACAGUCGAGGAAUUCGCCACUGACGAAGUACCUCUGAUCCUGAAAAACAACAAUCCAGCAAUGAAUACUGCGUGUUUGGAUGCUAUAAAAUGGUACGGAUUGCUGUGUGAAUGGCUUCUGAAAUCCAUCCCCAGGGAUGACGUGGAAAACGUCAAACCUUUCAAGCUUGUGUACGAGAAUAAUCAUCUUCGCUUGACAGAGAUGGACGAAACGGACUCUGAAUACGACAGCAUUGUCAAUGGGGAUGCGGUUCUAACAAGCGAGUUCAAGGAAUGGAGAAAAUCCUUGGCUGUGUAG